UUCAUUUCGACUUUGCACCCCUUCAUGUUAUCAUCUGUGUAAUGUACGAGCUUUUCAAAUCGUCUCCCAUCAGGUAGAAUAGAUAGAUGACUUGAGUUUGAUGCGUUUUUGCGAUAAAAUCUUGGACCGUUUUUCUUCGUUGCAAAAAUUCGACCAGCGUCGUGGAUGUUCGUUUAAAUUGCCGCGCUUAGAAUUUUUUUGAUUGGAUAAAAACCACCUCUGCAAAACAUGGAUAGUUCCGAGAGCACGGCAAAGUUAGUGGAUACCACUUAUAAGAAUAUAAUCGAGGAAUUUGGGCCAUGCACGAAACAACUUGUAACUGCUGGACGGACAUACCUGAAGUCUUUAAAUGCUAUGGUGGCUGCGUCCCGACAGUAUACCGACGCUUUAGCGAAAAUUGCUUCUUUAGCUAAUAACAGCACUCUAAGUGGAUCAAGGGAUAUCGGAUCUACAUUGUAUAGUAUAGUUGAUGUAAAUAAAGAAAUAUUGGCACAGCAGUCAAAUAUUAUCAAAAGCUUAGAAUUUGACUUUUUGGAACCUAUGGAAAUAGCUGCAGAAAAGGACACAAAAUUAGUUGGAAGGGAACAGAAGAGAUUUCAACAAUUAUAUAAAGGCCGUCGAGAAGCUUAUUUGAAAUGCAUUUCCACGUUAAAGAAAACAAGAAGAAAGAAGAAUAUGAAUACAGACAAACAGUUAGCAAACAUGAAAAUGUUAGAGAGUGCCAAAGAAAGAUUAGAAGUAUUUUGUAAUGACAGUUUGAAAGAGGCUAUAAUUCAAGAGCGAGUCAUGUAUGGUACAGUUUUAGAAAGACAGUGUGCUUUAAACAGACAAUUUCUCAUCUAUCAUAAUAAGGGAUGUGAAAUUUUAGAGGAGCGUUUACCCCAGUGGGAAGGUAUUGCUGAAACUAGGGACAAACUACCAGAUACUAUUGCAUCUCCUGUAAAAAAUGGACAUCAGUCUUUUAAUAAUGGAAUGGAGAGCAUAUAUGCCUUGGACAGCAUGCUGGAAUCUGUUAUUCGAAGUAAUUCAAUAGCCCGUAGUUAUGGCAAGGACAGAGACUCAUAUUUAUCUCAGACUUUAAGACUAAAUCAUGAUGAUAAUAUUUAUGCCAGACCUAUUGUUCGUGCAAAAUCAGAAUAUUGUCUGCCUACUAGUACACCCUCCGAGUCCCCUAAAUCAGAUGGUACUUCAAAGAGAUAUAGUCGAAUAAUGGAGUAUAAUGGUGAUGGUGAAACAAGUUAUGCUAAAGUCCUCUAUGCAUAUCAGCCUACUGGUGAUCAUCAGUUAGCGCUGAGAGAAGGUGAUGUUGUGGAGUAUAUUACAGAAGAAAAUACAACUGGCUGGCAAUUUGGCGAUAAUUUGACUUCUGGAAAAUCUGGAUGGUUUCCAGUUUCUUACACAGAACCAAUUAAAGAUCCAGCUAAAUAUUUAUAUAAUGAAGAUUAUAUGGAUGUGAAACCACCUCCACCUCCCCCAUUGCCACCAGUCCCUAAAGGUUCAGUCAGAUCUAAAUACAGUAAUCCAGAGCAUGAUCAAAGUGAGUAUGCUACAUUAACUCGAGGCAAGAAGCUGCUUCCAGUGACUCCUCCAACUAUUCCUUCUGCUUUUGAUGGCAACAUGCCCGUGGAAAAUGGCGGAACAUUGAAAGCUAAGCAUUAUGCUUCUCACCCUAAUAUUUUCGAAUCAACUUCAGACACACUGGGAAGAAACAAUGGCCGAGCAUAUCAUAAUGGACAGUACUUACCAUCUAUGAGACUAUAAAUUGGACAUUAACAAAAAUAUUAAGAACAUCUUGCACUUUUGCAAUUAAUAAAUUUUAUGUAUCUAAUUCUCUAAAGGUUUAAAUUUGUGUGCAAACUUAAGGAGAAAAAAGACAAAAAAAUGUUUGAGGAUUAUGAUGUUUAAAAUUAUUCUUAAUUUGUUUCAGAUUAUGCAAAUUCAUUUGAACCAAAUUUAGGAGAGAAAAAAAUGAGUUAAUUGUUAAUAAAACUUAACUUUACUAAAUAGAUUCUGAUGUUUUUAUCUAACAUUUAUUACGAUGUAUUUAUUGAAUAGUUAAUUUUUAUGUAUUGGCAUCUGGAAAAUGUAAUGGAGCAUAAUAAUAAUUUUUUUUAAAUUUUAAAGUCUUAUAUUUUUAAGUGAUAUUAUUAAAUGUGGUAUCAAAAUCGGUUUUCAUUGAAAAAGUAAUGUUUUGCAAUUCAUAUUAUGAAUGUUUUUUUUACAAGAUAUAUAUAUCUAUAUAUAUAUUUUAAUAUUUAUAAAAGUUAUGAAUUAAACUGUAUAUAUUCAUUUCAGAUAACUUCAGGAGAAAAAAAAAUUGAAUUAAUUGUUAAUAAAGUUUUGUUUUACUAAAUAGAUUGUGAUCUUUUUAACUAUCAUUUAUUACAAUGUAUUUACUGAACAGUUAACUUUUAUGAAAUGGCAUCUGGAAAAUUUAAUUGAUCACCGUAACUAUUUAUAUUUUCAAUUUUAAAGUUUUAUAUUUUUUUAAGUGAUAUUAUAAAACAUGGUAUAUCAAAAAAAGUUUGUAUUGAAAAAGUGAUGUUUUGCAAUUCAUAUAAUGAAAGGUUUUUACAGGAUACAUUUCUUUUAAUAUCCAUAAAAGUUAUAAAUUACACUGUAUAUAGUUAAAAGAUUUAUAGGAGAACUAUAUAUUUGUUACCGUGUGCCAUUUGGACUUGUGAAUUUUGCUUUGAGUGGGAUACAAAUAUAUCGUUUGUUAUCACAAUGUUUUUAUAUUCCUGUUAUUCAGCAUCUUUUAAUCUCUGUAAACAUUAUCGAUUUCUAUAUAGAUUUUACUGUCAUUAAAAUUUUGUUCUUUUUUUUAUGGUUUGAGAAACUUGUAAGAGAUAAAUAAUUUCUGUUCUUGUAAAGAAAUUUUUAUUUUUUGUGCUUAUAUCUAGUCCACUGAAUGUUUGUAAAUAUAUUUUUAUGCUUUAUUUUUUUAAUUUCAUGGACAUAAAUGUGCCAAUAUGCAAAUAUUUUUUAUCAGUAAUCAGUUUUUUGCUUUGGCACAAAAUAAAUAUUUAAAAAAAAAUAAUAAUAGGAAUAUGAUCAAAUGUGUAAUUUUGUUCUUUUGAAGUUGUAAAUACAUUUUUAUUUAUUGUAAUUUUGAUUCAUGUGAUCGUUUUGGUAUAGGAAAUUAUGUUGAAAAAUUAGUUAUCGAGUAAUGAAAUUGGAAUAUGAUGUGAAGUAAUUGUCAUUUAUUUGCUGUUUGAAACAUAAAUACAUGUAAAAUAUGAAUAAAUAUUCCUUAAUGA